UCGUCUUGUCCUGUUUGGUCUGCGCGGUUCUCGAAUAGUUUUUCCCGAGUCCUCAUCCUGUGCUUCGAAGCUGCUGACAAGAGAUUUUAAUCCAGUUUUUCAGCAUGUGCCCACCCCAGUAAAGAAACAAUAUCGAAAUAAAGUCAGUGUUUAGAUAAAUAGUUGAAAUUCGUGAUCCACUCCAUUUGUUGUGUGCGUGAAUAAAAAUUCAGGUGGUGGAAACGGUUGCCUGCUUGGCUCUUCCCGAAAGAAGCUGAUUCGCAAAAAGGUGCAAAAACGGCGGGACGGUUGUUUGACCCUCCCGAUGUGGAUUAUUUUCAACCUCGUGUAAAACGGAAAAUGUGUUAAUUUUUUGCAAAUACAGUUUUUGUCCCAUCGGUCGAAUAAGUGAAAAAUUAUCGGAUCGUCAAAUCCAAGGUGAUUUUCCUACCAUCUGCUGGUUUGGAAUAAGUCAACCAGAGUUAGCUGUUCCCAGUAGUGAAACGGGCGUGGAAAGCAGUAAAUUACUCUGCCGAAGCUCAACCAUUACCCAGUUUAGUGUGAUCCGUCAAGCGAAGAAGAAAAGCAAAACACCGUGCAAAAUCCAAUCCCACAGCGGGUGGGGGAGUGCGUGUGGAAAGGCUGUAAAAGCCCUAAGAUCAGUAAUCAUUGUCGUAGCCAGGAAUAGAAGGACAGGGGUAAACUUUGUAUAAUCAGAAAUAUUUAAAAUAAAAAGUCGAAUGACUGUUCUACGAGCUUUCCACUGAUAUGCUGAUUUGACUGAAUUGAUAAUCAAAGCGCAAUUGAAAGUCCUUCAAAGACAUGUCCCAGCUACGCCGAUGACAGUGCUGUUAUGUUGUGUUGCAGAGUUGAAGAGUGUCGUAAAAAUAACCAACCAAGAAAGAAAUCCGCUGAAGGAAUUUCUAGACAACUCAAGGAAUUUGGAGUGUAGUUUCCGUGGAUUGUGUGACUGAUUUCCGCUAUGAGAAUGCCUGAACAAAAACCGUGAUUGCGCUACAUCAGCAGCAGUAACAACAUCAUCGAGGUGACGACGGCAGAGCGAUUCCAAACUCAGCAUCAAGUGGGUGGUAUUUGGUGCGACCCACACACUCGGUGCCAGAGAAGCAAACCGAAACCAGCAGAGCCAGAAUGAUGGCACACGGAAUAAAGAAACAAACAUUGCUGUGCUGAUUUCCGAUUCAAAGGAGGGUAGACUGCAUAUAGAAGAAACGAAAUUUGACAUUGAAACUCAAGGAAGUCUCUGUCGCCGCACACGCUCCGUAAUAGAGGAGAACGACAGGACAAAAUCGGAAUUCUUGACCUGAAUCGAUCGUAUUGGUGUGGCUGCAGUAAUUAAACCAAAACGAUGAGUUCCACCGUGACAACGCGGAGAGGUGCCCAGAAAGCCAAAAUCAGCACCCGGGCCCAGCAAGCGGCGGAAGCAGCAGAAGCCACCGAGCGACGGAACAAAUUCUACGGACGAAGGCCGAACCCGAUCAGCUUGGCGGAGGCCAAAAAGCGAGGCAAACUGAAAAUGUCCUCCCAAACGGACGGAUUGGCACCGGGGCCAGACCCGAACGGGGCCCAGCUAAAAGACAUCUACGGUAAUGCGCUGUCCUCGAUGGAGCUGGUUCGCGGCGAGACGGGUCUGGUGUACGACGAGAAGUUUGCCGAGCAUCGGUGCCUGUGGGACACCGGGUAUCCGGAGUGUCCGGAGCGAUUUACCCGGGUGUUGGAACGGUGCCGCCAGUUGGGACUGGUCGAUCGGUGCCGGACAAUUGCACCGAGAAUGGCGACGGAGGAGGAAAUCCUGACCAAGCACACGCCGGAACAGGUGGAGAUUCUGCGACGGACGAAGGGUAGCGAAAACCUGGAACAGUUGGAGGAGCUAAGCUCACAUUACGAUGCCAUUUUUGUGCACCCGGCUUCGUACGAUUGUUCGCUGUUGGCUUGCGGGAGUACCAUUGAGCUGGUGGAUGCCGUCGUGGCGGGACGGAUUCAUAAUGGAAUGGCCAUUAUUCGUCCGCCGGGGCAUCAUGCCAUGAAGGCGGAGUACAAUGGGUAUUGCUUUUUCAAUAAUGUGGCUAUUGCUGCUCAACAUGCGUUGGACCGGUUAGGGCUGAAGAAGAUUCUGGUGGUCGACUGGGACAUCCAUCAUGGACAGGGUACGCAGCGGAUGUUCUAUAAUGAUCCAAGGGUGCUUUACUUUUCUAUUCAUCGAUAUGAGUGUGGCAAAUUUUGGCCAAAUCUAAGGGAAUCGGACUUUGACUACGUUGGAGAAGGACCUGGAUUGGGAUACAAUUUCAACGUACCUCUCAACCGAACUGGUAUGACGAAUGGGGAUUAUUUGGCCAUUUGGCAGCAGAUUCUGAUGCCCGUUGCGAUGGAGUUUCAACCGGAAUUGGUCCUGAUUUCGGCCGGCUACGACGCUGCGUACGGCUGCCCAGAGGGUCUAAUGGAGAUCACCCCGGCAUUCUACCCGCAUCUUCUGGCUCCGCUCAUGUCUCUCGCUCAGGGGCGUGUCGCCGUCGUUCUGGAAGGCGGCUACUGUCUGUCAUCGCUGGCCGAAGGCGGCGCCCUCACCCUCCGAACCCUACUCGGCGACCCCUGCCCCUUACUGGUAGAGAAGCUACAGCCCCCGUGCGAAAGCAUGCAACAAUCCAUUCUGAACUGCAUCCAUUCCCAUCGACCGUACUGGAAGAAUCUCCAGCUGAACGACACGUACGGACUCGAGGAGCUGAACAACGUCAACCCACAGCCAAACUUCCACCAAGUACAUCAGCUAUUCGUCGAGCCGGAUCCUCAGCCCGAACCGGUCCGCUACGAAACGCGCAACUGCUACCCACUGCAGAGCACGUCGGAGAAAGCCUGCAUCGAAGAACGCCUGGCCAUGCUUCAAAUCUCCACCCGACUUACGUUCCCGUCGACCCGGGUGUGCUUCGUGUACGACGAACUACUCCUCGAACAUCGGAAUCUCCACGAAGAUCUUCACCCGGAGCAACCACAGAGGAUCGCCAAAAUCUACGCCCGCCACGAAGAGUACAAACUGCUGUCACGACUGAAGCGCCUUAAGCCACGCCAUGCAACGACCGCCGAACUGUGCAUGGCCCAUUCCCGGCAACACGUUAACGUCAUUCGGCGGACAGUCGAACGCGAAGAGAUGAAACAGGUGGCGGAUAAGUUCAACUCGGUUUAUUUCCAUCCGAAAACGUUCGAGUGUGCGACACUGGCGGCUGGGUCGGUGUUGCAAGUCAUAGACGAAGUGCUGAACGGUCAAUCAAGGAGUGGAGUGUGUAUUGUACGACCUCCUGGACAUCACGCCGAAUCAGACAUGCCGCAUGGGUUCUGCAUUUUUAAUAAUGUGGCGAUUGCCGCACAGUACGCCAUCCGCGAUCACGGAUUGAAACGGGUGCUGAUCGUAGAUUGGGACGUUCAUCACGGUAACGGCACGCAGCAUAUCUUCGAAAGCGAUCCGAGGGUGCUGUACGUAUCGGUUCAUCGGUACGACAAUGCGACUUUCUUCCCGAAGAGCACGGAUGCGAACUACAACGUCGUUGGGUUUGGAUCAGGGGAAGGGUUUAAUGUGAACAUACCUUGGAAUAAGAAAGGAAUGGGAGACCAAGAGUAUUUGGCGGCUUUCCAGCAGGUUAUCCUGCCGGUGGCGUACGAGUUCGACCCGGAGUUGGUGCUGGUGUCCGCAGGAUUUGAUGCAGCAAUCGGCGAUCCGUUGGGUGGGUGUAAAGUGACUCCCGAGGCUUACGGGUACUUCACGCAGUGGUUGUCCUCGUUGGCGAACGGACGGGUUAUCGUUUGCCUGGAAGGUGGAUACAAUGUAAACUCGAUUUCGCAUGCCAUGGCAUUGUGCACAAAGUCGCUGCUUGGCGAUCCACUACCGUUGCUACAUUUGAGUUCGCGAUACAACGGUCCGAACUCUGCGUGUAUGGAUACGUUGAGAAACGUCCUGUCGGUGCAGGAGAAGUUUUGGAAGUCUCUGCGGUUUAACAAGAAGCUUCCGAGCUUUAAAACUGGCUCCGGAGCGGAGCCAGACCUGAAUGGUGCCUUCAGUAAGAUGCAUCUGUCGGUGUCAGCCACGGAGUCAUCUAGCAGCGGGUCCCCUUCGUCGGCGGGUUCCUCACCGGUUAAGGAUUCGGAUGAUAGUGGAGCCCCGUGCGAUGGAGACCAACAACCCGGUCCUAGCAGGAAGCGUAAAACGGAUGAUCAACCACCGGCCGAUACCAGCGCUGGCAGGUCCAGCAGUGGUGGCGAGAAGCAUGAAACGCUUAGGGAUUAUCUGGCUGCCAAUCUAGAGGCCUUACAGAACGAGGAAAUGUUUGCUGUCGUUCCACUGCGAGACUGUCCACACCUGAAGGAACUCAACCCGGACAGUAUUCCUGAAUCUCUCAGUACAAACGCGCCCUGCACCGGCUGUGACUCCGCGGUGGAAAACUGGCUCUGCCUGCACUGCUUCCGGGUGCAGUGCGGUCGCUACAUCAACGAGCACGCCAUGCUGCACAGUUUGGAAUCGGACCACGCGCUCGCCCUAAGUUUCAGCGACAUCUCGGUGUGGUGCUACCGGUGCGAAUCCUACAUCGACAACCCGGUCCUGUACGCGUACAAAAACCUGGUCCAUCGGGACAAGUUCGACGGCGAAGAGUUGGUGUGGUCCUACGGUAGCGAUCUGCUCUUGGAGGUAGCGAAGCCUGCGGCAGCCAAAGCUGGGAAAACCAAGGAAUGAUAUUUGUUUUUGUCCAAGAUCUUGGUUCGGAUAUUUAUGCUCUAUUUGGCCAACUAUCUGAUAACUGCCUACUUCAAGUGAGGUCCCUUUUCCCCAGAGGUGCUCGAAUUUCUGUUAACAAACACACUUACAACACACCCAUACAAGUAUUAUUGUUUACGUAGGACUGCUGUUGCUAUUCAACGUUAAGAAUAGUACGCUAGUAUGAGUGUAGCAAAACCUGUUGCUACGUUUAUAUUUUAUUUUUUACCUGACUUAUUGAAACAUUUUAAACUAAGCAAGUUUAGAUCUAUCUAAAACCUUUAGAAUAACAAAACUCAAGUACGUUCAAAUUAAUAAUUUAAUACCAUGCAACUAACAAACGAUGCUAACCAAAGAAGUGAUAGCAAACUAAUGUAGCUUGACACAACUAACCGAAAUAAAAUAAAAAAGACAAAACCUGAAUUGUUGACCAACGAUUAAUAAGUUGUUAGAAUUUAAGCAAGAUGUAGGUCAUUGUGGUUUAAUUAUAGCUCCUAGUUAAUAAUCCCAAAUGAUUCCGAUCCGUAAAAAAGUGAGAUAUGAAUGGAGAUAGUUGGGGGGCCAUCGGAAAUUUGUUAAUGUUUGGGCCAAAUAAUCGCGCACCAUACACUUGCAAAUGUUAAUGUAUGAAAAAUGUUAGCUUAGAAACUCACUAGUUAUAAUACAAUGAAAAUGAUAAUUUAUGUUCA